CCGCGCGAGCUUCCUGGAGCGCCUUGUGUGUAGUCUCUUGACGCGCUGUGACAUCUUGGAAGGGCUUUGUGUUCCAAACUAAACCGAGGCGCUCCGUAGUACCGGAAGCGCUUUGACAUCUGCGGAGGAGCGCCGUGCGACCUGAAGCGCUUGGUAAUCUCGGAAGCACGUUGUGGGCUUGGAACCCAAACCGGAACCUUUGGUAAAGCUUGGAUCCUUUCGACCUCUCCGAAUCGCUUUGGCACCUCUGGAACCCUGAGAACUGAUGGACAGUGGAAAGAAGGGGGAAAGGGUCUCAUGGCGUCGGAGCGGCGCAAGGUCAAGUACCACUGGAGCAGCACUUCGGAAGGGUGUCCCAGCAAACGCACCUGCCUCCGGGAGCCCAAUGAUGUGGCCCCCUCCCGCCGGCCAGCUCUCAGCUCUGCGUCUCGUUCCGGAGGGGCCAGCAGCCCCAAGAGCCUGAAAGCCAAGAAGGUGGACGAUGUGGCCUGCACGCAGAGGUUGUCCUGGGGCUCAUCCUGCCGCGGAUAUUCCUCCUACUCCUCCCGGUCCUCAAGCCCAGGUGUGGGCGGGGCCCCCUACAAAGGCUGUCUGAUUCGGAGCACUGAGGGGUUCCUUUCGUCCGUGGGAUCCCCUCUGCGCUCUGUCAGCCGUGCUGUAGAAGAAAUGGCUUCUCUAGAGGAGGAAGCCUGCAGCCUUAAGGUUGUUUCUAAGAAUAGUUCACGUAACCUCACAAACUCUGAAUUUGCAGCUGAAGCUGAAGGUCAAAAUGAUAGGACUGAGGAACCAAACAAGGUCCAGAAAAGGAGGCGGGAGAGAGCGCAAGACCAAGGCUCUAAAGUCAUCUACCUGAAGGCUAUCCAGGGCAUCUUGGGGAAAUCGAUGCCAAAAAGGAAGGGCGAAGCUGCCACUAGAGUAAAACCGAGCACAGGAGAACAUCCUACCCACGGAAAAGGGCCAUCCAGGAGUGUCACAGUCUCUGCUGCUCAGAAAGAGAAAGAGCCGGCCCCAGAGGUCAGAGCAGAGGAGGACACGACUGUAGUGGAGAGGAGUAGCUUCUGUGACAGGAGAGUGGUUCUGGACCCUCAGGAGAAACCUAGUGAGGAGCCACUUGGUGACAGAAGGACAGUCAUUGAUAAAAGCUCUCCCACACUAGAAUUUUUGGAUGAAUGUGACUCCCAUUCAGAAACCCAGAAGCAGAAAGAAAGGGAGGUGGUGCUAGAGCACCCCUCUUCAGGAAGUGACUGGUCAGAUGUUGAUGAGAUCUCCACUGUCAGAUUCUCUCAGGAGGAGCCAGUCUUGCAGAACCUCUCGGGUGUUCCAGAGCCUUCGACUUUCGCCACUGACUAUGUCAUGUACCCGCCUCAUUUGUACAGUAGUCCUUGGUGUGACUACGCCAGCUACUGGACCAGCAGUCCCAAGCCUUCCAGCUACCCCUCCAUGGGCAGCAGCAGCAACGACACAUCCCAGGCUGGGAGGAGCAGCCGGAGCCUCCUGAGUGAUUACUCCCCCAACUCUACAGUGAGCUCCCAAAACACAUCCAGAGACCUGGAGGCGACAGAGGAGGGCAGAUCCCAGAAUUCGCGUUCAUUUCAUUUCGCCAGAAGUUCAGAAGAUGAAGAGGUGAAGGAGAAAAGAACAUUCCAAGAGGAGACGCCGCCGCGUCCCUGUGGAGGACACACAUUUAGCUCCUUGCCAAGGAGCCAACGGGAGCCAAGCCUCGAGGAGGGCUUUAUUGACACCCAUUGCCACUUGGACAUGCUCUACUCCAAGUUAUCUUUCAAAGGGACCUUUACCAAGUUCCGAAAAAUUUACAGCAGCUCCUUCCCGAAGGAGUUUCAGGGCUGCAUCUCGGACUUCUGUGAUCCUCGGACACUCACGGAUUGCCUGUGGGAGGAGCUGCUGAAAGAGGAUCUGGUUUGGGGGGCCUUUGGCUGUCACCCUCAUUUUGCACGUUACUACAGUGAGAGUCAAGAAAGAAACCUUUUGCAAGCCUUAAGGCACCCCAAGGCUGUGGCAUUUGGGGAGAUGGGCUUGGAUUACUCUUACAAGUGCACCACGCCUGUCCCAGAACAGCACAAGGUGUUUGAGAGACAGCUGCAGCUGGCCGUGUCUCUAAAGAAGCCCUUGGUGAUCCACUGCCGAGAAGCUGACGAAGAUCUGUUGGACAUCAUGAAAAAAUUUGUGCCCUCUGACUACAAGAUCCAUAGGCAUUGCUUCACUGGCAGCUACCCGGUCAUCGAGCCCCUGUUGAAGUACUUUCCCAACAUGUCCGUGGGCUUCACAGCAGUCCUGACUUACUCUUCUGCCUGGGAAGCCCGGGAGGCUCUGAGACAGAUCCCGCUAGAGAGAAUCAUCGUGGAAACAGAUGCUCCCUACUUCCUCCCUCGUCAGGUUCCCAAAAGCCUUUGCCAGUACGCCCACCCAGGCCUGGCCUUGCACACCGUUCGAGAGAUUGCCAGGGUCAAAGACCAGCCGCUCUCCCAUACCUUGGCCACCUUGCGUGAGAACACCAGUCGCCUCUACAAUCUUUAAAGAGAGAAGGUACAUUCAGGAGUCUCCCAGAAAAGUCUCUCCAGGGAGACCAGCGGCCUGAGAGAACACAGGCUGGGUUUGAACUCUGCCUGUGUCCAGGUCAAGGAUGUGUUUGGAGAGCCCAUUGGAAUGGAGAAAACCAGGACAGGACUUUUUCCUCAAAACCUCUUCAUAAGGCUUCUGCUUCCGGCUGGGGGGUGGGUAAGGGGUAACAAGAACUGUCCUUGAUGUUAUCAGGGUUUUGCCUCCCAGCAAAAACGCUCCAGUGUAGUCAGUGAAGAAGAAAGAGUCCAGUAAAAAGGUACAACAAGUUUGCGAAUCCAAACCCCUGUUCUCUGCAACCUGUGUUUUUGAGCCGUCUGUGAAUAAAGUCACCCUCCUACUCCUCCAAGCACAUGUGGGUGUGUAACUCGAUUCCUGGCUCUCAAGUCUCAAAGUGAACUCCCAAGUGGGAUAUCACAGGAAAUUCACUGGAUACCUGUCUUCAGAGGUUUGUUUUUUUUUUUUUUUGCAACCAGCAAGAUCAUCCCCUUUCCUUGCCUGGAUAACUCUUUGAUGUCAUUGUUCUGGUGUCAGCUCCAGAAUAGCAGAAGGACUUGGCUGCUGGUCUCAGUGGUUCCACUGCCCACAUCGUGGAGGUGGGAAGGGGGGGUGCUCACUGCUGUGUCUAGGGACAGUCCUGGCUGAUGGAGAUCCAGGACAGAUUGGGGGAUUCAAGGAAGAGGAUCCCAAAGGAGGUAUUCCCUCUUACUGGAGCUCCCAGGGCUGCUACUUGGGUGUGUUAAACCCAUGAGGGUUCAGUUUGCCCCCAAAGCUACCUGCUAGUCUGGUGUCAGAGGUCCCAGCCUCUCUGUGUUCCGUUUUCGCCCCCUUCUCCUGGAACACUGGACCAAAAAUACUCCUAUUUCAUCCCGUGUAACAGCCCUUCAUGUGUCCGACCCUGGUUGAGAGGUAAAUCAGUUUAAUUCUUUAAAGCUUUGCUGGGGCACCUCAGCCACAUCCUAUUGGUUAUGUAGAACAAGCAGGCCCAGUGUCUCUAAACAUCUCGGCCCCCCUCUGGCCUUUCUUGGUUGUCUUCCUUGCCUUUGCCUACUCUGUGUCCUGUCUUUCUCUGAGCGUUAGAUUUGAGAGCCUCUCCUUCAACUUCUGAGCCAAGGUGUCAUUUCAAGGUCUGAGUCAUAUGUUGCUCUCUGCUGGUGCCUUGUAAAGGUAUAUCAUUACAGGCCCUAGAAGGUUGGGCUUUGUUCUGCUUGGAAAAUUUGUGGGUUGCUAACUAUUUCAAAGUGCAGUAUUGUCACCCAGGUCAACUGUAGCAUAUUCAUCUCCACAGCAAACCCUGUGUGACAACACUGCCUGUCCCUGAAACCAACUCAUCCUGGUUAGAGGAUUAAAAGUGAUGACAAAGUGGAUGUCUCCGAUCCCGUGCAGCCCCCCGUCCAAGGAUUGUUAUUCACAUGCUGUUACACAGGGCAGCAGGGCCUGUGUGGUGUGAAAGCACCAUGGCAUUGUUUUUUAUUCCAUUUUUGGGUGGCUGCUUUGAUUGUUUUUACUGUGCUCCUGGAGUGCCUCUGUAUUUCCCCCCCUUUUUGGCCAUCUCUUUCUGAAAAUAAAGUGGUGGAUCCUCUAGCCAGUUUGCACACUACCCAUGUGUGUUUAGAUUUCUCUGAGUGAUCCAGGGGUUUAGUCUGGUUGUUGGCCAACUUUGUAACCUGACAUUCCAGAUGUCUGGAGACAUUCUCAAGUAUACAUGUGUCUCUGUAAAACUAAACUGUGGCUGUGAGAAUACAUGGCACCUUUUUAACAGUUCUGCUGCGUUCGAGCAUUAACUCUUAUUUUAGUGCCUGGGAACCCAGAUGCACUGCUUUUUCACAUCCUUUGUGAAGUGCAUAGAUACCUUCUUUUUCUCCCAGAGCAGUGCAGUAGGAGGAAGAAAAAUCAAGUAUGUGGGGGUGUUGGUGAAUCAGUUAUACUGUAGGCUGGACGGUGAACUCUUCUGAUCCCUCCUAGGUACACUCGGGAGGGAAGUCUGCCUCACCACCUGUGGUCCUUCCUCAAUCUUGUGCUAAGUUAGUCUUGAAAAAAGUACACAAGCUGAGAAGUAGACCUACGUGUAAAAAAGGAGGGCUCUGUUCCAAAAGAUGUGAAAUUACAAAUCCUCUGUUGACACCGUGUCUUUUAGACACAAUCACUGAUUACGUAUGUCCCACAUGUUCCUUAACUUUGUUUCAUUUCCGUCCCAGUUGAACACACCAUUGACUCCAAGGUAGUCUAUUUGUGGCUAAAGAUCUGCUGCACUUGACUUUUCUGGUGUUUCCAUCUUUCUCUCUAUUAAGUUUGGGGCUGAUGCUAGUUGUUUAUUGUCAGCUCUUUUAUUUUCACAUUACGCAUUUUUAUAAAGUAAGGACAAAAGGCCACUGAAAUACACAGUGAUUGAAUAAGCAAACUGUCAAAUGAAGAUGGCAGCCAGACUGCUGAUUAGUGGCCAGACCCACCCACGAUCACUGUUAAAUGCUCAUUUGUCAAUGAUGUUUGAAAGUGGGUUUAGACUCAGGAAGACUCUGUUUACGUGCUGUCACUGGAGAAUUUCUGAGCACACACCUAUAAGUAUAUAAUAAGUUAUAUACAUAUGCUCCUGUACUGAGGUGGUAGAUAUAUUAUAAACCUCAAUAUAGAAGUUUUUUCUAAAGGAGCAUUUUUUUUCUGCAGGCAAAUAUCUUGCUCAUUAGUUGUCAGGGUCAUUUAAUAAUGCACAAAGGUGUAGAUUUAAGAAAGCUGAUGUAGGAACAAUAUGGUUGAAAUGCUACAUUUUCUCAAGUUUGACCUGUUUCCUUUGAUAAAGUUUGUUUCUGCUAAUUGUUGACUUGUGACUGCCUUCCCCUCCCCUAGUUGACCCAGUGUAUUACGAAGGAAAUGAAAAAUAGAACAAGAAGUCCCUUGGAUCCCUAGGCAGUAGGACGAGGGAGUAACAUUGAUUAAGAGGCAGUAAAAUACAGUGGGAAAGCGUGAACUUAAUACUUACUACGGCCCUGGAUACAAGUCUGUCAAGUACUUGCUAUGUGACCUUAGGAAGUUAGUUUCUAUGAAAUUCCUCCUUCUCCCUCUUAAGUACCCAGACCCAGUGCCGUCGAAUCGAUUCCGACUCAUAGCAAUCCCAUAGGACAAAGUAGAACUGCCCCAUAGAGUUUCCAAGGAGCGCCUGGCAGAUUCGAACUGCCAACCCUUUUGUUCGCAGCUGUAGUACUUAACCACUAUGCCACCAGGGUUUCCCCCUCUUAAGCAUGCUUGUGAAAAUUAACUGAAGUUACGUUCAUUUGUAUUAAAUAUUUAGAGUAGUGCUUGGUGCGCAGCAGGAAGGUAGUAAGUGAUGGCUGUUAGAGUCGUUGAAUGCCAGGGCCUGUGCCAGGUGUCCUCGUGUGAAAUACCUUGUUGAGUCUUGGCAAUAACCCAGUGAGGUCUGGGUGUUUUACAUGUAAGGAGACCAAGAAAUUCAAUUAUCUUGGUCUGGACCACACAGCUGGCUUUCAAAUUUAGAUGACCUGGAGAUCUGGUAUAGUAGGGCUGGGGAAGGGCUCGAGAUUCCACAUUUUAAAGAAGUUUCCAGACGAUGGUGAUGUUCCAUGGACUACAGCAGUUAAUAGGUCAGGGAUAGCAGUUGGGUGUCAGUGAGCCUAUAGGGUUAGUGCCUGUAGGGCUGUGCCUUGAGUGCCAGGUGAUCACGAUUUUAUUUAAGAAGACACUUGGCCCCCUACAGCUCUCUGGGAAUAGGGGUUUUUCCAGAGUGUGGAUGUUACACCAACUCUGUCUCUGCAAAGGGGCUUCCUACAUAUUUCUGAUAUGUUCAUUUGUCUGAAUUGGCAGGCUGGCAGUGGUUAUCUUUGUGGCUUCCUUGUUUGUCUUUUCCUCUCCUUAAUGAAGUACCCCAUGCUUCAUCACCAGCUCUCAGACAUCGAUUAGUUCACACUACGGUGUAAAUUCUCUUGGGAGAAUUGGUGUCUAACUAGAGUUGUGGAGCUUAAACAUCAAGGCCCAUCUCAGCUGUGAGCUGGAGUUGGGGGAAAUGUUUUGGGACACCUACCUGGAAACCCUCGUGGCAUAGUGGUUAAGAGCUACAGCUGCUAACCCAAAGGUCAGCAGUUUGAAUCCACCAAGCGCUCCUUGGAAACCCUAUGGGGCAGUUCUACUCUGUCCUAUUGGGUCACUACGAGUCGGAAUCAACUUGACGGCAACGGGUUUGGUUUUGGUUUACCUGGUAGCUCUGAAGUAACCAAGGCAAUGGCCAGCCUUGCCCACAUCAGGAGGGCUUCUGCUUUACAAGGCCCUUUCGGUAGUGGACAAGGAGGAAGGAGAAAUGUAGUUCUUUCAACCCUAUUUAGCACUGGCUAUAAUAGCCAUUGUUAUGGGCCCCACUUACGACUUCAGGUUCCUUCUUUGGCAUUCCCAUCAUCCUAUUUUUAAUCAUCCCGUUGGCUAAUCUUAACUUUGCCUCCGAUAAUGUCACUUGAAGUUUCUCUGUCCACACAAUCCUUGCUGAUUGUUCAUGAGUUCUAAAUAACAACUUUGUUGCGCUUGGGAAACACUGAUAUUUAAAGGAACUGUGUCUUUUCUUUCCCUUUUCCAUCUUUGUUUCCUCCCUCCAUAUUUUUUCUUUCCUUUUCCCUUUUGUCAUAUAUUCCCACAUUAGUUUAUCUGCUGGUAUGUGUUGGUUUAAUUUGGUUUUCUGAGCAUGCACACCUGCCUUGCUACAUGUCCAUUUUUUCUCUUUCCAUUUAUCGUAGACCAAGAAUUUUUUUUUUUCCCCAGUGAAAUGUGAAAUUUCCAUUUUUGGUGAAAUAAAUUCCCAUUUUGAUAUUCAGCAUAGUUUGAAUAUUUAUUUACCUCCUAAGCUAGUACAGGGGUUUGUUGCAAAAGCAACCUAACAGCAAGAUGAGAGCUGCUAAGAUUGGGAGGAAAAGGAAGAGGUGGGGUCAGUCUUGUGGAUGAUCACUUGUCAGCCGGGGCUUCUGAAAAGAAAGAGGUCAAGUCAGAAUUCCAAGUUCAUCAUCCUGCCAGUGGCCCGGAAGAUGGCUUUUCUUCUACAAUGACAUUGUUAGAGGAUGUGUUGUAAUGGGGGGUUGAGUGAGGGCACUGGCCUUGGACUUGAAAGACUCCAGGGAUUUGAGUUUGGACUGUGACUGGGCAAGUCACCAAAUAGCUCUGAGUUGGUAUCCUUAUCUGCCUAGCUCAUGUGGGUGGUGUGAUGGUGGGCAAGGCCAUGUUGGUGAGGAAUUGCUUUGCAUAUUGUAGAGUGCGCUUCCAAAGUUAGGUAUUUCUGCCUCUUGAAUCAGGAAAAAAUUGGGUGGUUUCUUCUUUACAAUGCAAAAAGGAAUUCAAAACAACAGACCUUUGCUUGGCUGCAGAGCCUUCUCUGAAUGUGGUUGGCACUAAUUCCUCUUGUUUGUGAAAUAAAGUUACACAGUAAAAAUACUUUCACACCAAAUAACUUCUGCUCUCACAGUGGGUGUUAGCUCCAUUUUACAGUUAAGGAAAUUGGGGUUCAGGUAGGGCCCCAAAGUUAGUUGAAGUACUAGUUUUUGGAAUACAGUGCACUUUGAAUACAGAGACUUUGUGCUUGGCUCCCUCCUGAGGCACUCACAAAUGACUAGUCCAAUCCCCCUUCCUGCAGUCAUUGGGAAAGAGGAAAUUGUAACUCUGUGAGGCAGAGUCAGGGAAGAACAAUGCAGCAGGCUCACAUUUGGGACCCACAGAAACUGAAUUGGCCUGACCGAGGCAAGGGCUUACCUUUGGCCUCUUCCCAAAGGAUGUCCUGAAGGAACUUCCCCAGGGCCCAGCCAUGCUGCUGGUACUGAGCGCCUGACAGCUUGAUUCCAAUGUCAAAGGGGGCGUUGAACUAGGAGUUGGGGCAGGGAGAACUCAGUAUGCGUCAGACCUCACAGACCCUUAGCCCUGCCCCAAAUAUACACCCCUAUCCCAAAUGAGGCUCUGGACUCUCAGGCCCUCACUCGUGCGAGUAGAGAGGGAGUGGCCCUUGGUCCCUGGUGGAUACCAAGGAGAGACAUCCCUGCCUUCUUAGGCCCAGGUCUCACCUCCCUCUCACACUCUUGAGGAUACUUAGUUUGCAGUCUCCUUCCAUCUAUCUAAGGAGGAUGUUAAUAAAAGCUGUGGGGUUCAACCCCCCUCCCACCUUGCAAUUCUGGAAGACAAAAGGUUGACUCACCAAUAGUAGGAUUUUAGGCCCUGUAGGGAGAUUUUGGUGGGGGGGGAGGGGGGAAUCAUUGGGUCUACCUGGUAUAUGUACUACGGCUGCUAACCAAAGGGUCUGCAGUUCGAAUCCACCAGGCGCUCCUUGGAAGCUCUACGGGGCAGUUCUACUCUGUCCUAUAGCGUCCCUAUGAGUCGGAAUCGACUCGACGGCACUGGGUGUGGUAUAUAUAUACUGCGCUAGCCUGGGUGAUGGACUCUACCCCUUUCUCUGGCCCCCAUCUCCUAUUUUAUUUAUUUUUCCUCUUUCUCCUUUCCCAGAUGUUCUUCCUCUCAUAUAUGAAGGACUUUAUUUGCUCUGUCAACAGACAGGAAGCUGACAUUUGCCUGGAAAGGUGCUCUAAUCCAACUCCUUUCUGUGCCUGUGUUUCUUACCUUCUGUAGGGAGAGUGUCCCGUUUUUCCUAUUUUCUAGACAUUCAGGGAGAUGAUUGGGUAAAUGAGAAAGCUCUAUUUGCAGUCACAUCACAGAUUUUCUCUUUGAGUGUGGAGAAUGUAUCUAUCUCCUUUUCCCUAGUAGCCACUAGCUCAAUACCUGGUACCUGCUAGUCACUGAGAUGUUUGAAUAAAUUAAAGAAGGAGUCUUUGUGCUGGGAGUCCUAGGUCAUCUGCUUUGUCUGCCUCCUGCCCUCAACGAAGGGGGUCUUAUCCCCAGUUUUCAGAUAAAGCAGCAGAGGCCCAGAGAGGUUAAAUGUCUUGCGCAAGGCCACAGAGGGUUAGUGGCCAAGGACUAAAAUGCAGGACUCAAAUCCACCCCGCCCUGAAGCCUCUCCUAGUCCCUUGCUAUUAACAAAGCCCAGUUCAGAGCCCUGACUCUGUCAAGCCUGUGCUAAGCAUCUAGCACCAUUGUUGUACUGGACUCUCAGCACCCCCCCAUGAGCCAGCUAGUGGUACUGUACUGUUCCUACUUUACAGAUGAGGAAACACGCUCAGAAAAGUUACUUGAACAGCAAAUAGCUAUUUGGCUACUACUCCCCUUUGAAAACUUACUACCCUCCCCCAUCUCCCAGUUCCUGAAAGAUGUAAAUAGGGCUGGUAACCGAAAGGUUGAAAGUUCAAGUCUGCCCAGAGGCACUUUGAAAAAAGGCCUGGCGAUCUACUUCUGAAAGAGGAGCCAUUGAAAACGCUAUGGAGCACAGUUCUACGCUGACACACAUGGGGUUGAUAUGGUGUCUACUUGGCAGCAACUGCCGUCCCCCCACCACACAUGUAUUUUUCUCCUCUGUGAAGAUGGUGUGGAUGAGGAAUGAUAUGACUGAUUUUUUUAGGGAUCCUAGGGCCUUCUGUACCCCCUCUUCAGUAAAUAUUCCUUCUUCCACACUCAUGGGCAGAUCACCUGAACGGAUUUCUUCGGAACCAUCAUGAGCUCUGAUAUGGGGACACUGUGGGCUGUCCAGCUUCCUGAACUAUGCGGUAGGGGCAGUUGGGUGGCAUGGAGAUUGUUGGUGGGAAGGCCUACUUCGUGUGACUUGAGGAACACCCUUCCCUCGUGCGCUCAGGGUUCCAUCUUUUCAGUGGGCGGGGGAGGGAGUGGGUAGGACUUGGUCUCAAAACUCUUCUAGCUCAGAAAUUCGAUUUUAGGAAAACUUUAGGGGGAGGGGAGGAGGACAGUGAACAGGAGGGGUUGAACCCUGGUGUGGGAGGGGCUUAUGUAGCCAAGCAUAGGCCAAGCUUUGAUGUGGCAGCCCCCACGUCUCCUAGACUUUGAGACUUCUGAUUCUAGUUCCAGCAGUCUGGACUGUUUCUCCUAAGGCCGCUUUCAUGGAAACGAACUUCCAGUAAUCCCAGCCCUGCCUUGAGUCACCAGCCACCAAAACCUCUUCCCCCUCUGGGCUACUAAAUGCCAGCCACUCUUGGCGAUGUGACUGCCAGCCUGGCUGAAGCUGGCAUUCUCACCUGGAAAUUUCAGGGUUUCAACGUAGGGAUUUUUUGACCAUUCAAAUGUGGGCCUAGUGGGUUGGGGUCUCACUCUUCGUGAGGAGAAAGGGUCUGAGAAUGUCUCCAGGUUCUGGCAAGGAUCAGAGAGAGCAGGGAGUUUGGGGACAUUGAGGUGGAUGCAUAUUCUUGAGAAGAGGGCGGUGAGUAGGUAGAGGGAGGCCAAAAAGCAGGACACACAUCAGGUUUUUCCCAGGCCACUGUGACCCUCUGUUCACCAGGCCAGCGAGGAGGAAGAGGUCUUGGGGGCUGGAGCUGGCACUGAGUGAGUCCCAUCUUGGGCAAGUGAGCCCCUUCUCUGAGCUCCUGUUGCUUAUCUAUGGGGGUAAUACUGUCAAUCCUACUUGCCUCACAGGUGUUGUUUAUGGAGAUUAAAUGAUAUAUAAUAUGGGCAGUCUGUGAAUUAAAUUGCUGUAUAUAGGCACAGCAGUAUAAUAAUUGCCAUUACUAAGUACUAAAAAAAAAAGUACUUAGUACUACCCCAGGGAAAUUCUGGUUUUGCAACAAGGAGGUUUCAUCACCUAAAUACUUGUAAAAAAACACAUCCCUGAACCAUAUCCAACCUUUCAGGAAGGUUAAAAAAAAGGUUACAUAGCCCCUAAAAUCCCUGUACUCCCUCCCUCCCCCAGUCCUUGAGCCAUCUCUAACUUUUCCCUUGCUCCACAUAAGAUUUGUUAGAGCAAAAAUAAGCCCGUCUACAGGUGAACAGGUGAGGUUCAUGAGUGCUGGCAGCCAGCUCACCUGCGCAGGGUCGUGUCUCAAACCACUCCACCCCCAAGUUAAGGCCUUAGAUCCCACUGAUUAAAACAAAGGUUUUGGGGGCCGGGGCGGGGUAGGGGAACACCUUUAGUCUUUAACCAGCUGUUAGUUCCUGCGAGUCCAUCACUUGAACCAUAUUUGCUGCCUGCCCUGAAGUCUGCCAAACUCUCUCUCCUCUGCUUGAGGAUUCUUGUACAUCCCCAUUCCCUUGUAGCAAAGUUACUUCUAGUACAUUCCCAUUGUGAGAUAGCAAAGUUAAUUCUAGUACAUCCAUUGUGUGAUAGUAAAGCCACUUCUAGUACAGCCAUGUGUGAUAGCAAAGUUACUUCUAUACAUUGAGACAUAGAGCCCAGUGCAGAGCUGGACUAAAUUUUAGUGCUAUUUUCUAUUUCUCGAAUAGCUUUUAAAUCGGUCCCUGUUCAUAGCCAUUUCUCCCUGCCCUUUCCUUCCACACAGCUCCCCCACCACAAAAGCACAAAACUGCAGAGGUACUGACCCAGAUUUUCAGCUCAUCCUCUGUCCCUUCUGCCUGACUUUCGUCUUCCGGGUGGAGCCAGCCUUCUAUCGCUCGGGGCUGCAGUUUGGCUGGUGGCUUCUUGGACUCCUUUCUCUGCUGGAAAGAGAUGUUCUCUUUAGGGCCCUAAGUAAGGCCCCAUAUGAUGGGCCUAGGGUCAGACCCACAGCCCUCCCUCCUUUGUGCUCUGAGAGAAGGCUGAAGCCCAGAGAGGUUGAGCCACUGCCCCAGGCCACACAGCUGGGUGCUAAGUGGCAGGGCUGGAGCAAGAUACCCUGAUCAGAAUGUGGUAUUUUGUGGGGAAAGGAGGGGAGGGGGUUCCUUACCUGGAGCUUCUGGUUUUUGGGGCUCAGGAAGCUGGAGCCUGCCAUGGCGAAGUCUACCCAGAACACACUGAGGAGCAGCAGGCUGCAGAGGGUCCCCGUGGAGAGCAUGGCCUCAGCUGGGUGGGGGACAGAUGGGCCUGGGGAGAGAGGGACUCCAGGCAGCACACCCUCAGCUUACCCCAUGCACCUCAGAAUUCACUCAGGUAGGAGCCCAGCAGACUGAGAGGGAACUUUACAACCUGGAACCAUGACUACUGAGUAGAAAAGCACUCACCACCCUGUGUGAGGCUUUCCUCUCUCCACCUUCCCAAGGUAGGAGAGAAUUGAAGGGUAUGUGUUCUCUUUCCCAAGCCUGUUGGGGGCAGAGUGUUUAGCAGUGGGAAUUGAUGAGGUCACCUCAGUGUUGUUUGUCCCAGGUCCUGAGAGCUUGUGCCAAGUGAAGCUGAGCCAGCCAGCAACGUUGCU